UCUCUCCCAGUGUGCCCAGCGCCGGGUUUGCUGGGGGGUACUCGGCGGUACCGCCAUGACUAUUCUCCCCAAAAAAAAACCACCGCCUCCCGACGCCGACCCCACCAACGAGUCACCGCCGCCCGGGCCGCUGCCCUCUGCGCCGCGCCGCGGCGGGGGUGUGGGCGUGGGCGGCGGCGGCGGCACGGGCGUGGGCGGCGGUGACCGUGAUCGUGACUCGGGCGUUGUGGGGACUCGUCCCCGGGCCUCGCCCCCACCUCAGGGGCCGCUACCAGGACCGCCCGGCGCGCUUCACCGCUGGGCCCUGGCUGUGCCACCUGGCGCUGUGGCUGGUCCCAGGCCUCAACAAGCCUCUCCACCUCCUUGCGGAGGCCCAGGAGGUCCCGGAGGCGGUCCGGGUGACGCGCUGGGAGCAGCGGCAGCGGGCGUGGGCGCGGCGGGUGUGGUGGUGGGCGUGGGCGGUGCCGUAGGCGUGGGCGGCUGUUGCUCCGGGCCAGGCCACAGCAAGCGACGGCGUCAAGCCCCUGGAGUUGGUGCAGUUGGUGGAGGUAGUCCUGAGCAUGAGGAGGUCGGUGCAGGCUACAACAGUGAGGAUGAAUAUGAAGCAGCUGCAGCACGUAUCGAGGCCAUGGACCCUGCCACUGUUGAACAGCAGGAGCACUGGUUUGAAAAGGCACUACGAGACAAGAAGGGCUUCAUCAUCAAACAGAUGAAGGAGGAUGGUGCCUGUCUGUUCCGGGCAGUUGCUGACCAGGUGUAUGGAGACCAGGACAUGCAUGAGGUUGUACGAAAACAUUGCAUGGACUAUCUGAUGAAAAAUGCAGACUAUUUCUCCAACUAUGUCACAGAAGACUUUACCACCUACAUCAAUCGGAAGAGGAAAAACAACUGUCAUGGCAACCACAUUGAGAUGCAGGCCAUGGCAGAGAUGUACAACCGUCCGGUGGAGGUGUACCAAUAUAGCACAGAACCCAUCAACACAUUCCAUGGGAUCCAUCAAAACGAGGAUGAACCCAUCCGUGUCAGCUACCAUCGGAAUAUCCACUACAAUUCUGUGGUGAAUCCCAACAAGGCGACCAUUGGCGUAGGGCUGGGCUUGCCAUCAUUCAAACCAGGGUUUGCAGAGCAGUCCCUGAUGAAGAAUGCCAUAAAAACAUCAGAGGAGUCAUGGAUUGAACAGCAGAUGCUGGAAGACAAGAAGCGGGCCACAGAUUGGGAGGCCACCAAUGAAGCCAUUGAGGAGCAGGUGGCUCGGGAAUCUUACCUGCAGUGGCUUCGAGACCAGGAAAAACAGGCCCGCCAGGUUCGAGGCCCCACCCAGCCCCGGAAAGCCAGUGCCACAUGCAGUUCAGCCACAGCGGCAGCCUCUAGUGGCCUGGAGGAGUGGACCAGCCGGUCCCCACGGCAGCGGAGUUCGGCCUCAUCUCCUGAACACCCUGAGCUGCAUGCCGAGCUGGGCAUCAAACCCCCUUCUCCUGGCACUGUCUUAGCUCUUGCCAAACCUCCUUCACCCUGUGCACCAGGUACAAGCAGCCAGUUCUCAACAGGAGCUGACCGGGCCACCUCCCCACUUGUGUCCCUUUACCCUGCUCUGGAGUGCCGAGCUCUCAUUCAACAGAUGUCCCCCUCUGCCUUUGGUCUGAAUGACUGGGAUGAUGAUGAGAUCUUAGCAUCGGUGCUGGCAGUGUCCCAACAGGAAUACCUAGACAGUAUGAAGAAAAACAAAGUGCACAGAGAGCCACCCCCAGAUAAGAGUUGAUGGAGACCCAGGGACUAAAGACCGUUUGCCACCACUCCUCCCUCUGGUGCCACCCCACUGUCUUUGGCUUUCUUCCCUCUCACCUUGUCCUUUCUUGCAACCCUUCUUGCCCUCUCCCCUCUUCCUUCUGGCUGGCCCAUCCCUGUGACCCCUUACUGAUAAUGCCACAUCACCUGUCUCUGCCAGUUGUCGUCCCUUGUGUCCCUCUGCACAUCAUCAUCCCUGCAUUCCACAGGGAACUUGGGCAAGGGUGCCGAAGGUAGGCGAGAGGCACACAGACAAGCUGCCAGGCAGCCCCAGAAGAGACAUUCAGACAGAGGAAAGUCUUCUGCUCCUCAUUUCUCACAAGAUCAGCAAAAUUUGUUGUCAUCUCCUGCCCAAAUGAUGCCAGGGAGUUGGGGGAGAAAAGUGGGAAAUUCCCUUCCCAUUACCCCAGGAAUGUCUGUCUGAGCCUUCGGUUUUGAAUUUUUCUUUAUUAAAAAUGUGCUUUUGUCUU